CAUUAAUCCUAAUGAAAAUGGAAAGCGCAUCGCAGAUAAAAUAUCUUAAUAUCUAUCUUCACACCGGCUUUUCGCGAGCAAGACUGCGCAGAUAGCCCUGGCAGCUCGUGUGUCCUCCUGAUGCGAACAGUCCAUAUAUAGCGUAUACGAUGCGCGUGCGCAUAUUGUUGCCGAUCUCGUCGUUAUAAUACGCUGACAUGCCAUGCGGGCAAUGCGGUCGACGCUCGCGCGAUAUUAUUAAAGAAAUUGCAAGUGUGUACACAUAAGUGCGCAGAAGCAUGCUACAUUUUUCAAUCAUUACACAAAAAUUGCUGAGUGAACAGACCUUCGUGAAAGCCAAGUGGAAGUAUCUACUGAUUUAUCUGUGGCUUUAUCACGUGGUCCGCACACUCCCACCGCGGUUCCUGGUGGCCAUGCGCGAGGCAGCGCAUCACGUAGGCGCACUCGCGCUUUCACUCCGUGCUUGCAGAGCUCAGUUCCUGUCAGAAGCCACAUGGUGAGCUUGACGAGCACUGGAAUGGCUGACCAAAAGUGUACGCUGCUCGCGCUACCGGACCAAGUGCUAGCGCGCAUCUUCACCCUUCUUAGUCCCGCUGACCUGAUAGUCCUCGAGGCUGUUUCUGGACACCUUCAGCGCGUCGCCCGCACCCCUGACGUGCUUCACUUCACGAGCUUCCACUUCACGCAUCCUCCGGAGCUCUUCGCCAAUUUUGUUGACGCCGUUCGAGCAUGGGCCAUCGUCGAACUGGACAUCAACAAUUGCGUCCAGCUGGGCGCUGUCAUCAUUGGGGAUGGCCUGCGCGUUUGCAUCAACUUGACCACACUUCGUUGCAUCAACACGAAGGUUCUUCCAUCAACUUUGCUUGGUCUCGCAGCGAACGAGCUGAGCAAACUGACGUGCCUGGAAUGGUCGCUGUUCCGUGGCCUGCGCACGCACACAAUGCUUCUGCUAAAACACCUCGAGAGAAACGAGGUGACCCUUGGGUUGCAAUCCUUGCAGCGCAUGUACGUCGAGGUGGCUCCCAAAAAGCCGAUCACGGACUUUCUGGUUUACGUGUUGAGGCGGUGCCCAUCAAUUGUCUCCGUCCACUUGCACGAACAGAACAGCAGACACCAGUGGUCUCGCCUUUUGCGCUUGGCGCUCGAGACCUACGUCAAACGCAAGAACUGGAAAGAGUUCACUUACACCACGGAUCGCGUGCCCAGUACUCGUAGUAUUAAAUUUAGCGCGCAGAAUCGGCCACCUCCGGUCGCCAACAACCUCAUAAAAGCUUGCCGAGCUGAUGUCAUCAGGUACGGAAACCUGAGUGUGAUACAGAUGCCGCAUAGUAGCGUACGCAGCUGCGCCAAGCUCAACGACUCCUGCACAGUACCGACAACUGAAGGCCUCGCCCAGCUUCUGCUGUGCCUGGAGCACCCACUCUCGUGGGAGCGUCUUCGCGAGAUGGCUACAAGUAACCGUGACUUGUGCAAACUUCGCGCCCUGACGCUCGCCACCGCUCUCAGACCCCAUGCGAUGAUAAUAAUUCCUGCAGAGGUCACGCUGGGCCAAUUUGUGUCCGCUUGUUCUGGGCUCCGGGAACUGAACCUGGCGUCGUUCCACGUCGGCGAAUUCGACUGCUGCGAAGCGUUAAGCCAGGCCGUUGUUCCUCACCUUCGUUCGCUCUCGUUGCCGGCAUGCGCACUGAGCACGGACACGCGUUUACCGCAACUAGUGAACGCGUCGUUUCGGCUGAGUGUCCUGGACGUCCGCGGCCACAAAUCGCGCAACCCGCGUGCCUGCGCUGCGUGCGGAGACAAGUCGACUUGCACAACUGAAUGCCUGUCCUUGCUGCAUGCACUGUGCCCGCUCGAGCGGUUGACGCUGUGCGACCUUCGAAACGUCGACACGCUGGAUUUUCUGCUGAACUGCUCGGUGGCCGAGCUGCGGCUGGGCGACCUUGGACCGUGGUGCCUGCGAAAUCUCCCAAGUCUGUCGCCCCUGCAACAGUUGUGCUCGCAUCUGCGCAGCCUAACGCUCCACAGCCAGCGCCUGCCGUACGACUUGCGCUUUCUGAACCAGCUUCAACCCGCGCCGGGUCUGCGCCGCCUCUGCGUCGCUAUGCGCAAGGUAUCGCCGUGCCAGCGAGCCGGCCUGCUCGACUUCCUGCAACGCCUUUUCCCGAACGCCCACACGUUGCACGUGCACACGCUGGCGCGCGACGGACCCCACUUCGAGCUCAUCUGGACACGGCUUCCGAACGAUGACGUCUGGACGGAGGUACUGCCGACCGACAACAAGGAGCUGUGCACAACCUGCGACUACACGGGGCUACAGAAACCGUUUCUAGGUCAGUCUAAAUAUGCCCACCUGUGAGCCUUACAACUGAUACAUUUAGUCGUUGGGUCUCCUUGAUGCUUUGCAGCAAGACUCGCAGGGUUCACCUGUAAUAACCAGUUCGUGAACGCAGAGGAACCACCUUGUCAUAUCUUGGAAUGUUUUUGUUAUCUCUUUAAUCGGUGCUUUCCGAAUUCGCCCAACUGCACGGCAGAACGCAUGUAAAAAAUGAAAAUAUAAUGUAUAUACUUGUUAUUUGCAAUGGUUUCAAUAAAACAGU